ACCAAAGGCAGCCCUUCUCGUACUUGUCUUUUCUUUCUUUCUUUCUUCCAAAAAAAAGUAGUUCAAUUACAAGAUUUUACAGAAAAAAUUGAAUUAUUUUUAUUAAAUCUUUAGGAGAAUAGAAUUAGAAAUGUGUCCUUUGAGAUUCUUCUUGGUGUUUUUCUCUGCAGUUUUAGCUGCAUAUUUUGCAUGGAAAACGGCUCGUUCUUCUUCUUCUUCUUCUUCUCAAAUGGGCUUUGAAGACUUGACAAAUGAAGGAACAUCUUCACCCAAAGAAGGGCAAGAAACAAGUUUCAAAAGGAUGGUGGAGAAUUGCUUCUGGGUUUUCGUUGACAUGGCCAGUGGAAGAUACUUGUGGAGGAAUAUGAAGGAGAUGAAGAAUUCAGAUGAGAAAAUUACAAAGCUAGUCUUGUAAAUGACUAUUUUUGAGAUUGAGAAAUAUGUAAACACAAAUUAGUUGCAUUAACCCUUAUGGUGAAAGAGAGAAUUGAAUCAAAUGUUUGUGACUCUCACUUUCUUUUUCUUCUUAUGAGAUUGAAAUGAGCAAAAUGUAAUUAAAUCAAAUCAUAUAAUUUUGUUGGUUUUAAGUUUUCCUCCUUUUA